AGCCUCCCGGGCGGGGUCUCCCGGCUCCCGCGGCCACGUUGCAGCCCAGGCGGAGGCGCGGGGUCUCGAGCCGGGAUCGCCCUCCUGGGCUUCGGUGAGAUCGGCAGCUGGAGGCUCCCUGGGAACCAGGUGGUCGAAGGGCUGAGCUGUGUGGCCAGACAAAAGGUCCCUGCCCUCCCCCAGUGAGCCCUGCUGAAAGCCGUGCCCAGGUCCUGCCAUGCCUCCUGUCUGAUGCAAUCUCGUUAUUCUUUUCUCCAAGUCCGCCUAUGUCCAGUUUUUUUUUGCAUGAUCCUCACAACAUCCUUUUGAGAGAAAAGGAAGGAAAGACGAGCCCACUUCUCAGUUCCCGUGGGAGCCAUGAAGCUGAACGAGAGGAGUGUAGCCCACUAUGCACUCAGCGACUCCCCAGCAGACCACAUGGGCUUCCUGCGCACCUGGGGGGGCCCAGGGACCCCACCGACCCCCAGUGGCACUGGCCGAAGAUGCUGGUUUGUCCUCAAGGGCAACCUGCUAUUCUCCUUUGAGAGUCGCGAGGGCCGGGCCCCGCUGAGCCUGGUGGUGCUGGAAGGCUGCACAGUGGAACUGGCCGAGGCUCCCGUGCCUGAGGAGUUUGCCUUUGCCAUCUGCUUUGAUGCCCCUGGAGUUCGCCCACACCUGCUGGCCGCAGAAGGGCCGGCGGCUCAGGAGGCCUGGGUGAAGGCGCUGUCCCGGGCAAGCUUUGGCUACAUGCGCCUGGUGGUACGCGAGUUGGAGAGCCAGUUGCAGGACGCACGCCAGAGCCUGGCUUUGCAACGCCACUCAUCGUGGAAGUCUGUUACCAGCCGCUGUAAGCCACAGGCUCCUAACCACCGAUCUGCGGGCCUGGAGAAUGGCCACUCCUUCUCCAAGGACAGCAGCCCUGUGGGCUUGGACGAAGAAGCGGGCAGCAGGUCUGCAGGGCAGGGGUUGGCUGAGUGGGAGCUGCAGGGCCCUGCCAGCCUCCUCCUAGGCAGAGGGCAGAGCCCUGUGUCCCCUGAGACCUCCUGCUUCUCUACCCUGCAUGACUGGUAUGGCCAGGAGAUCGUGGAGCUGCGGCAGUGUUGGCAGCAGAGGGCCCAGGGGAGCCAGCCAAAAUGUGAGGAACAGGAUAGGCCCUAAGUCUGGGCCCUUUGAGUCAGGAAACCAGGGCCAGUUCUUUUUCAGGAGUUAAAUGUUUACCCAUUGCCAAGGUUGCGUUUUGGGAGAGGACAUGGGUUCUCUUCUUCCUGCUGUUUAGGCAUUCUCCAGGUUCCAGAUCCACCCGUGUGUCUAGAAGGGACUGAGGGACCAUUCCUUCCAUCCUCUUUAUUUCCUGAGGUCCAGAGACUUAGCAGCCACAGAGCAAGACCCCAAUCUCCUGUGACUGCACUGGCCUGACUGCCCCCUCCCAGGGGAUGUUAAUGAAAUGAAGGAAGUGGGAAAUGUCACCUGAGAGUGUCACAGGCUUGCCCUACCUUUGACCUACACACCAGGCUCUAGAGCCAUAAUUUCCCACCUGGGGAGUCUCGUGUGCAUUUAAAUCCGAGGUAGGCUGCAGUAUGGCCUUGAGGCUCUGCCAUCGUCAGAGAAAGUGGAUUUAUUGUGUCACAGCAGUUUCUGGGACCCAGCUCUUCCUGCGGGGGUGGGAAGAUUGGGGAUGGGAUCCUCACUCAGCAGUUUGGGUAGGGCCCUUUGAGGCAGAGGAUCUCGGCCAGUGAAGAGAGAUUUAGUCUGCUCAGAGUGUUGGGGUCCCAUCCUUUCUCCCUGGCUGCCCUGUUAACAGAUGAUGCUGGACCUUGCCCCAGAAGGGGCUUGUAGCUUUUUUAUGUCAACGAAAUGGCCUCCUGUACUCUGUCUUCAGCAGCCAGCUCCUGGAGCUGCCAAAUGAGGGGUUAAAGAAGAGGUGGUGAGGCAGUGUGGCUCCCUGGGGAAUUUGUUGCUUUGGUUCUCAGUCCUGGGUAUUCUAGGAGCUUGGGCACGGGAUUCCAUUUCCUGUGCUAAAAUUCUCUCUCCUGGCUGGGCUCCGGUAAACUGAAGCUGCUCGAGAAACCACCUGGGAACUCUCAUAGCCCUGUUUGUCACCCAGGGUGUACGUGCCAGGACCUCUCCUUGCUACUCUUCCCAAUAUCGGGAGGCAAAGCAGCUGGGUCACCAGAGCCUGACCAUACUGACGCCCCAGGGGGAAGACGCAGACACCCGCUCCCAAACACAUAAAUCUUGCCCCUUCCUAGCCUUGGCUCCCCUCACUGGGGCCUUGGGCAGGACCGACCCGCAUCCAACUAGGCCUAAGGGGUAGACUCUGAGCCUCUUACCCCCAGGAGGCGGAGAUGCGCCCAAGGCGGGCGCCCGGCCUGCUCCCCAGCCCUGCCUGGAAGCCCCGCAGCCACUGCAUUUUGUUUAAACACAGCACGGGCCUUUUUCUUAUUGCUACAGUGUUUUGUACACGGUUAAAACACUAGUAAAGCUUUUUCGUUAUUA